AUGUGCUAUUAUUACCUUGGUUACACUACAACUGCUUUUCUCAUUAUCUCUGCAGAUGACGAGCCGUCUCCAAAUGCCAAAUGUGUGACAUCUGACGAUGUAUCUUCUAUCAGAGAUUAUUUUGUUCGAGUGAACGGAUCCCUUAUACAGAUACAUGAUAUGAUGACACAUAUGCUACGUAUUGUUAAAGAAAUGGGCUCAGCUUCAACAGUGAGUUGGAUGGAAAAUUCAACUGAAGAUGAAAAGGAUGAUACUACAUGGUCUGAAAAACAGUUUGCUCCGAUUGUUGAUACUAAAUGGGCUGAACUGAAGCUUUCUCCAUCCCAUGAGGCAACAUUGGCUGAAAUGGAAGAGCUCAACAAGUAUCUAAAUUUUGUUCAGAAAAUUGUCAAAGAAAAUGUUAAGAGCAUUGUUGCCGAAGCGAUACCUUCUAUAGAGGAAACAAGUGUCUCUGCUAUUUGUUCGGCAACUGCUCAGGCAUUCCAGAAUGUUAAAGUAGAAGAACUUGUCGAAGAAACUAUCUUAAUGAAGUUAGAAGGGACCCUGACACAAGCGGUUAAGAUCUCUUGCAAAGAAACUCUUGAGGAGUUAUGCAGGCAAUGCUUUGAUGUACCAAUAUCUGAGUUUCCGAGUGCACUUGAUGAAAUAUGUAGGCGAAUUGGAGAAAGAAUUGAAGGAAAUAUAGAUGAAUACAUUCAGAAAUUGUCCAACCUGCCACAUUCCAUUGCACCUGCUAUUGCAGAUAUUGAAGAGCCCCUGAGAUCACUCCCAAGUCUUUUGGCUAAUUUGAGGGAUGCCCAAAAGGGAUUUGUAGCUCUAGCAGAAGCAAAGCUUGGUGCAUCAGAAUCUGUUAAUACAAACGUCCCACUGAAGAAUUCUUACAGUCCUGAUGAUAAUGAUAUGGAGAUGAAGAAAACAUUGAGUCAAUUAAUGAAGGAAAAAAGAUAUGAGGAGGCAUUUUUAAAUACCCUCGAAACGGGGAGUGCGUCUAUUCUUGAUUGGCUAUGUCGUCAGGUUGAUUUGGAUUCGCUAUUUUCCUUGGUACCGCUCCCUGUGAGCCAACAAGCAGUUCUGUUGCUACUGCUACGGUUAUCAUCUGACCUGGCCACAGAUACUUCUCAGAAGCUUAGUUGGAUGGUAAUUGCUGCUAGUGUGAUUGACCCGGGGGAUGCUUCCAUUUUGCCUCAUCUCAGUGCAGCUAUCGAUAAAGUCUAUCACUCUUUACUUGGCCAGCCAGUCCUGAGGGCUCAUCGAGUCAGCCGGGGUGUACUUGUACACAUCCUACAGAAUCUGCAGAGGCUAUGUGUAGCGAACGAGAUAGCAAGAAGGUACAACGAGGCAUGGUAGAUAUAUGGGCAUAGUAUUGAUACUACACGGUACAGGAUGUGAUAUGGCUGAGUGCAAUGUUGUACUGUUACUGGAUGUAAUACGGCUUAGUUGCAGUACUGUUAAAGGGUGUGAUACUACGGCAGAGUGCAGAAAUGAGACUGUAUAG